AUGGCAACCCAAUUGGAGGCAAGUGGCGUCAUCUCAACUUCCGCGGCGAUGCAAAUCACGGAGCGGCUAGCUAAUCUGCUCGCCGAAAGGAGUGCUACGGACAUUGUGAACCCGCUUGGAACCCUCGACGAUUGCCUCGCAACCCGUCUGUCUCUGCUGGAAUCUGCAGUCGAACGUCAGGUUGCCGAUGUAGGGCAACGCCUCAAUGACGGCCUUUCGUCCGUGGAAUCUCGAAUUCGACUGCCUGUGCACCACGGACCGCCACUCAAGCUGCCGACAUUCGAUGGGCAGUCGUCAUGGCAAGCCUUCAUCAUCCAAUUCGAAACGCACCACCGCCAAGGCACGGACACACUCCAGGAGCUAGCUGACGUAAUCCAGAGGAUGGCGAGAAGAGCGCUCGUCGGAUGUACGGAAGUCGACUUGGAGCAGAUAGCAACCACUGCUUUCAUGGACGCAAUCGAAGACACCGACAUCCAGCUUCUUGUGCGACUCGCCCACCCAACCACGACUCGUGCAGCACUGGCUCGCGCACUCGAAGUUCAAGCAGCCAACAAAGCAAUGAACAUGGUGUCGACAUCUGGAAUCAAGCUUUCACGGGUGGCUCACCGAUCUUCUCCGGUACGUUCAAGUAAACGUCGUUGCUUCACGUGUGGUGACAUUGGGCACUUAGCUCGAUCCUGCCCAAAUCACUUGGCCCCGUGCAAAAUGCAACCUAUCCCAACGCCAAACGUUUCAAGUGACAGUGAGCCUGGCAAGGUUGAAUCUCAUGUAGUGCAUCAUGUUCCUCUUGUGACAACGCCAGUGCGCACCUCGCCAACGCCAUGUCUUUCAGUUCAUCUUCAUGAGUUGGGACAACAUGUGAAUGCUAUCGUGGACACCGGAGCUGCAGUAAGUCUAAUCGAUUAUGCAUUACUGCAAUCAGCAAAGUGUACCACGCCCAAAACACUUUCUGGUACCGUCUGUCUUAUAUCAGCCGACGGUUCUACAAUCGAACAAGAAGGACAGAUCUCGUUGACUGUAGAAACUUUAGGAACAACAGUCAACCUCCCGUUUGUGAACAUUGUUUGUCAGCCGUACCAACUUUCAGCACUGGCGAUCAGUCCAGUUGUUCUGCGACAGAGUGGCCCCAAGGAGAUAGCGGGGGAAGCAAAGAAGCAAUUUCCUGGAAUUUUGAGAACUUAUUCGAUGGAUUUAUCCUAG